UGUUCUUAUUCGUCUGAGAGCACAUUUAGUCUAAAAAUACUGCGUGUAUUGUCUAAUAACAAACUGCUCCGCAAGAAGCAUCUUGGAAAGGAUAUCUCACGGUGACCGCCAGGGUCCUUAUAACCAUAUCGGAAAAAGACGUUCAUCAUCUGAUCAUACUUUUGUUGGUAGCCAUGCCUUAGAUGGGAAAACUGUUUGUCUGACAUUUGUGGUGGGCUAUUCAAAACAAGAUUUCUGGAAAAAAUGGUUCUGCAGGAAUAUCUUGCUUUUUGCAGAGGAGCACUGGAUAAGUUAUAUGACUUCCCAGCUGUUCACAUUGUGAUGGGUAAUGAGGCAUGUGAUUUAGAUUCUGCUACUUCAGCAAUCACUUAUGCCUUCUAUUUGCAUGAGAUUUCUGUAGCUCCAUUGGGAACGGUCAUCUUCUUCCCAAUAUUGAGCAUGAAAAGAGGGGACUUUCGGCUUCGAACAGAAAUUACCUAUUACUUUAGGCGACAUGGCAUCGUUGAGGAGGAUCUUAUCUUCCUAGAUGACAUUGACCUGCUGAAGGUCAAAGACUUGACAGAUUUGAAAGUGACCUUGGUGGAUCAUCAUGUUUUGCCAUUGUGGUUGUCAGCUUUAGAGGAGAAUGUGGUUCAGAUUAUAGAUCAUCGACCACAGGACGGCAGCUUGCCUGAUAGAUGCCAGGAAAGCACCUUGGAACUGGUGGGCUCCUGUUGCACUUUGGUGGCUGAGGCAUUACUUUCUGAUGAGACUUUUCCAAUGGAUGAGACUGUGGCAUCAUUGCUUUAUGGUGCUAUAGUAACUGACACCAUUAACUUCUCUCCUCUGGCUGGGAGAUCAACUCCAAAAGAUGAAAUGAUAGCUGAUCAGCUUGAAACUUUCUUACCUUCUGAUAUAGAGAAGGAUGCGCUCUUUGAUGACAUAAGCAAGGCCAAAUGUGAUCUUUCAGGCCUUACAACAGAAGAGAUUCUGCAUAAAGAUCUGAAGAUUGUGUGUGGGGACAGUCUGAAGGUGGCAAUGAGCUCUGUCACUGCAGAUAUAAUGAGCUUUAUGGAUCGAAGUGACUUUGAGAGGAGCCUGAAAAUAUUUGCAUCUGAUUGUGGUGUUGAUGCAGUGGUAGUUCUUACAGUGCUUGUGAAUGAAGAUGGAUCUGUUAAUCGUCAGCUUGGUAUUUUUUCUACAUCACGUGUCUAUCGUGAACAGAUGGCUGAUGUUCUCCAAGCAAGCAACUCACCUCACUUGGGACUGUCUCCCUUGCCAAUCAAACAUCAAGACUUUCUUCCAUUUUGCCAGGACAACUUCAAGGCAUCAAGGAAACAGAUACUUCCAAUCAUCAAAGGAUUCCUUGCAGGAGAGACUACACCAGAUGAAAACCAGGCAGAAGCAUUUUCUGUCAUUCCACACGAAUGCUCCGAAGGCUUUACAUCAAUGACGGACAUUAUAAGUGGCCAUGGCACAAGUGAAGGGGACAUAACCCCAGAGGAUUUAAUCAGUUGUGCGGAGUCAAUUGGAACAGAAGCUAGUGAUGACAUAAGUAAGCUGCAGGAAAGAAAAGUGUUUGAUCCCCUGAGCUCUGUUCACAGCAGUGACAGUGUGAGCUCACCUUCAGACUUCACUACCGAUGAGAUAAAGUUGCCAGUAGAAGAUCUGAAAGAUAAACCAGGAUUGUCAAAUGAUGUUGACUAUCCUAAUGAUAAGAACUGGAACAGCCCAAUUGUAGCCUCUUUUGAAGAACUUGAUAUCCACAUGGGUGAAAUUUAUACUAAUUACAGUAAUCAUCCCAUUACAGUUACUGGGGAGGCUGAAAAACACUUUGAUAAUGAGAAUGAAAAUAGUCCCUUGUCAGCAGAUCUACUAAAUGAUGAAAUAUUCUCUUCUGUUCCUGUGUUCUCUGUCCCACCUCUUGUACCUACAAGUCAAGUUGUAGUUCAUACUGAUGAAAUUGUUCCUGAUGGGCAAGACAGUGACCCCUUAGAACAUGAUGUUUUGGGCAUGACCUCUCCUCAUGAUCUACUUCUUCAGGACUCCCCUCCAGACCUUUCGCCUGCAGUGCUGUCAGGCCAGACUUCUGGGCAUGAAUCCAAAACUUCUAGCUACCCAGUGACUCCACCCAACAGUUAUGUAGAGUUUGACUUCAGCCUGGGGUCCCAGGAGGUUAAUCUCCCAAGUUUCAACAGCUCAGAAAUGGUGGAGAAGAUUCAGGAGAAGAAGGCAGCAUUGAGGGAAGGUGAAGAAGCAAAUCUACUAGAUGUAUUAUCACCUUUCACCCCCCAGAACAGCUACAGCUGUUCGAUUGCAGAGAGUGGCUAUGCCCCAGAUUUCUUUAAGGAAACCUCCCUUCCCAGUUUCCGCAGUUCUGACAUGGUUCAGAGAAUCCAAGAAAAACGCACCUCAAUGGAACGGGAACUGGGUUUGGGAGCUGACAGUGAAAAUCUCCUUGAUGCCAUGAAAAGUCCAUUCACACCACCCAACAGUUUUGUUGAGGGAAGUUUUGAUGCCUUUGCCCGUGAACAUCUCACUAGCUUGAACAGUGCAGAAAUCUCUAGUAGGAUCAAACGGAAACAGGCUGAAAUGGGAAGUAUGUGCAAUGACGACACUGAAAUACAUUCUGUUAGUCCACCUGGGCUUUCCAUACCUGGCACUGACAGUGCUGGUAGCCCUUCUCAUCCUUAUACACCCCAAAACAGUUACAAGGAUAGUGCACUAGGAACUCCUGGACACCAUGCUCGUGUCACAGAUUUGUAUGAGGUGGCUGAACGGUUGUCAUUGACAGAAUCUGACAGUAGUGGCAGCUCCAACAAUAUUAAAGCUACUAGGGCUACCAAUAAAACAGAUUUUCGAGAACAAGAUGAUGCCGACAGUUUGUUUAUUGGAGAUGAAGCGCAGGAUUACAGGGUCCCGUUUGGCAGACGAGUAUCUAAUUCUUUGGUUUCUGGAGUUAAAGAAAGCAGCCAGAGGGCUGAAGAGGGAAACAUCCUGCUACCCAAUAACCAAGUAGGGAACAACACUCUGUCUGAUGAGGAGGAAGAGCAAGGAGAGAAAGAUGAACUGGAAGAGGAUGAAGCACUUAAAGAGAUAGCAGUGCAGAAAAUUGCUUUUGAACUAGCUAAUGAAAUGAUUCAGAAGGCUUUAGAAACGUUCCCAUCAGAAUAUGUGUCAAAGCUUGUGCCAGACUCAUCUCCCACAGUGCUUGUGAAACAUCCUAGCAUCAGUGAUGAUUCACCUCCAACACUGGAUGAUUUUGAUAGUGAUGCCUCCAUGACAGAGUCUAUGACAGCAGAGCUUGUGUCCGGCAGGCUUGAACCAGAUCUGUCUGACAGAGAUGUCUCAGCUGAUGAGGCUAGUGGUAAGAAUGAACAUUCAUGGACAUCAAACAGAGGUAUAGGCACUGCUGGUAGUCUCUCUGCAGAGUCUUCAAAGUCAUUGUUCUCAGAACUUGCUUCAGCACUGAGAAAAGGGGAUGUUCAUGAUUCCCUUGAUGACUCUAAGGCAGGGUAUGCCAGUUCUGAACAGAGUAUAUUAUCUUCAAAAGAUGAUAGAGUGAAAGAUGAUGGUACUUUCACCAUUGAGACUGAAUAUCUUCAUGAGCUAGAUCCUCUGCAAAAGGGGCUUUAUCAGCGUGAAGCCACUGUUAUUGAAACUGAUGCUGACAAAGAGGUGGCAGAAGCCUCAAGUUUCCGAAAGAUAAGUGGUCAGGAGUACCAGACUGUGCAGGAAGAUAUCAUGGAGCAGAUUUGGCAAGAGGCACGAGACAGGGAAAGGAUCAAGCGGCAACAGUGUUCUGUUGCAGAAGAGCCUGAAAAUGUGGAUUCUGAGUCUAGUCGUUUUCAUGCAGAAAUAGACAUGAAAAGGGACACCUGUGGAGAGGGAAAUUCUGAGACAGAUGAGGGAAGAGAAGAAGUUAAUAACAGCAUUCAGAGUGAACCAUCUUUCAGUUUCCAACUAGAAAGAGAGGGGAAUUACUUUGAAGAUGACCUGAACAGAAGUACAAGGGCACCAAAUGUGAGUGAUACUAAAACCAGCAACGAUCUUAGUGGCCAAAAUGAUUGCAGUAGUAUGGCUGAAAGUGAUAUUGGUUGCAGUACUAGCGGAAACAUAGAUGAUGAUGAAAUACUGUGUGAUAGUGAGCUUGAAGUCAGCAUGUUGGCUUUUUCCUCUCCAGUUAGGCAAAGUCACCCUGAUGUUAUCAACAUGGAAAGGUCUCUUAUGGAGGAUUUGCAGCAGCAAACUAACAGUGAGGCAUGUGUGAAACGAGUGGUUCACCCCGAGACAGACAUAAGCUUAGAUGAAAGUAUUUCCAGAGAACAAGGCAAGAAGACCAUCCAUAUUGAGCGAGACAGGGAACUGUAUAUCAGUACCCUUAAUAAUCUGGAGGUACAGAGUGACCACCUUGUAGGCCCUGCAGUGUCUGAAGCUGAAUGCAAUGUAGAGCAGACUUUGGAUGAAUCACACAGCACAGAUGAGCAGGUUGUGAGGCGCAAAAUCGGUGUGGACAUGCUCAGUAAUUCCAGUUUCCUUGAGUACCAGCAGGAGAGAGCAGACCUGUUUUCCAAAUCUGAAAGUGGAUCCAUGAUGAGUGGUGAAAAACUAGAAGAAUCUGAUGAAAUAACUGAUGAAAGAUCUGAAUUCAAGAAGAAAAUUCUCACCGACAAUCUUUUGGAGCAGACUGUUUCAGCUGAAGCAGACAAAAUGGAGUCCCAGAAAAAGGAUCAGUUGAAGGGGAUGGAGCUGAGAGAUGAGUGGCAAGAUGAUGAGCUGCCAAACAUUGUUGGAGAGGGUGGGCAUGUUACCUCAGAAAAGACAGACAACCCUGAAGAAAGAGGGGAACAUGUAAAACGGAGGCUGGUUCCAGCAGCAGGCCUGGUCAGUGGUGACCAUUUGGAUGAUGUUGAAGUGCUGGACUCGGACAGCGAGAUUGACUCAAACAUGGAUAAUGAACAACUGGAAUGGGAAACAAGAAAACUGUUAGAGGAAGAUGAUACCCCUGUGCGCAUGCGAGACAGGACAGAAGAGAUCCCAGAAUAUACAGCAGAAGAGGAGAGGAGAGAUUCGAAAAGCUGGAAGCUUGUGCAGAUAGCGGACAUGGAGUUUUGCAUUGACAUGCGGGUGAUUGAGCCUUACAAGAGGGUUCUGUCUCAUGGUGGUUACUAUGGUGAAGGCCUGAAUGCAAUUAUUGUGUUUUCUGGUUGUUACCUUCCCAGCAGAGACAGAAAAGACUAUUCUUAUGUCAUGGACCACCUGUUCUAUUACGUGAUCCACACAUUGGAUGAAUUGGUGGCAGAUGACUACAUGAUUGUGUACUUCCAUGGAGCGACUCCCCGAAGACAGAUGCCGAAUUUUGGAUGGCUGAAGAAAUGCUACCAGUCCAUUGACAGAAAGCUAAAGAAAAACCUUAAGGCUCUAUUCCUGGUCCAUCCUACACUCUGGCUGAAGACAGUUGUGUUGAUGACUCGCCCUUUCAUAAGCUCGAAGUUCAGCUCCAAGCUGCAGUUUGUUCGGUCUUUGGAAGACCUGAGGAAGCUGAUUCCAAUGGAAUAUGUUUAUAUCCCAGAACAGGUUCAGGGGUAUGAUGAUCGCUACUACCGCCCCUCCCCACCCUCCAGUCCCUCUUCUGACUUAUGACCUUGACUCUGUACCUCAUAUGACUUUGGCUUUUUUCUGUGAUACAGAAUUGAUCACCUUCUGCAGACUGACCCCUCCACCCUACAAAGAAUUGAAAAAGAGGACAGGCAAGCUUCAAAACUAACUGAAAAAGAAUGAACCCUAAAAGCUUGAAUAAAGCGAUCUGUGGACUGUCUUAGAGAGGUAGUGGGACUCAGUAAAUUUGUGUCAGCUUGUUCAGGUAGAAGAUGACAGCAUGUCCAGAAGACACUUUAGAAGAUUUUGGAACAUUAUUUUUAAGAGGCACCAGAUAAUGUGCUAUUAAACAGAGCAUGGAGCAGAUGAUGAUGUACAUUGAAUCACAAUACAGACUGAAACUGAUUUUGCACUACCUGUAUGACUAACAGGAGGGAAGUAAAGGUUAACAUUACUCCUCUCAGUAACAUUAACUAGUCAAGCAGAAGAAUAAAGGAAUACAGAUCUAAGAACUAUCAUGUAAAAUACAUUUGCAUCAGACCUUUCAGGAAGAGAUAUAAUCCCUAAUAUUCCUGUGCAUAUAAUUUAUUGCAAUUUUGAGACCUUUAUUUUGCUUAUUAAUUUGAGCUUUUACUUAAUUCCCCUUUUUUAGAGUUGACCUGUAAAUAAAAAUUGACGUUUGCUUAUUUGUGAUUUUUGCAUAGCAGAUAUUAUUAACUAGUCAACAUUAUUUCUUUUCAUUUUAGUGGUUUUCAUGUUUCAUUUUUUGAUGAUAAAAACACUGGUGCAGGCUGGUGAGCAUAUUUGUUAAGGUUAAGGUUUUUGCAUGUGACCGAAAUCACAUGCUGGAUGGGAUUGCUUAAUGCUUAUAUAGAGCACUUAAUAUGUUGAAGUAGGACUAAAGAGGAGUCAUUAAGCAUUGUUGUGCCUUUUUAUAGUCACAAGUAAUGCCCUGGAAAAUGUUUAGGGGAUAGAAGAGAUUUAAGUCAGAAUGAAGGAUUAAAAGAACUGCUUACAAAUGGACAAGUCUCUUUAUAACAAGCUUUUAUGAAAACUGCCUUUUCAUUAAAAUCAAGAUUACAUAUGGAUGAAAAUGGCAUUAUUUGCUGCAGUUGCCAUGGCAUGAAUUCUGACACUUAUUUAAUGUCAUGUUGUACUGUCAGUUAAAACAUAUGAAGAAAGAAAAUUCAAAAACAUAAAUGUACAGAUGAUGAUGAUGCAGUUUUAAGAGUGUUUUUAACCAAAAUGUGUUUAUUUAAGUGGUACAGUUUUGAAGCAUAGGGAUGCUUUUGUAGGAAAAGCAUUCUUCCAUAAAAGUGUUUUGUGGUUGAUGUUGCAUAAAAAGUCUUGUGAGAAAAAUGUCUACUGGAGAUUGUUUCAUGAAACAAAUUCCUGAAAGUGGUCCAGUUGGGGCAUGUGUGGCAAGUCCAAGAAACAGCAUGAAAAACUUCUCCAGGCAGCAUUUUCUUUGGUGAAAAUAUAAGAAUUUCCUCCUCCACACUCAAACACUCUUGCCACAAGUGUACAUGCAUGCAGAUACAUCGACACUGAAUGAAAAUGAAUGAUGAAGGUAAGUAGAGGUUAUGGCACAGUAUGGCUUUAAAUGAUUUAUAAGAUCGCAAAGGACGGCUUAGAACUGUUUGGGAACCUGUGCCAUGUAGGUAAAGGCAAGAGCUUAGGACAAGUCAAGCAAACUAGUGGAAAGGCUCUGGAGCUUAAGAACAUAACUGUUGAGGUGGGAGAUACAGCAAAUGGUUCUGAAGGACAGAACUUUGUUUUUAAGUUUCACAUUAUUCAAAAUAUCCUUUUGAAAGAAAUAAUUAUUUUCAAAUUAUUCAAAAAUAUUCUGUGUGUAAUUAUUUUUCCCCUUUUUAAAGCAGAUAAAGAAUAUGGUUGUUUUAAAAUUUUUAGUCAAAAUGGCUUUUAAUUGAAGAAGCAGUUCAUUGUACAGAAAGUAUGUGUAAGGAAAACGUGUAAAAAUUAUAUAUGCCUUAGCUUGGUGGUCAAUGGAUCUUUGUUGGUCUGCUGCCACUGUCUUUGGAUCACCAACCUCUGGAUAGUUUUAAUAUUCAUCCUAUAAUCUUAUAUGACUGAUUGUACAAAGCAGAUAUAUGGAGAAUACUUCCUGCUGAUUUUUAAAAAACAAAGCUGCAUGCACUAAUACAUAUUUGUAUGAAUGUAUGCUCUGAUGCCUUUAGUUCGUUUCAGUGUUAUGUUACUAACGCACAGAGCUUUGAUUUUGUUUUCAGUCAAAGCUUUUGAGUAUUGCUGAGUAUUUUAUUACCAUUACAUAUAUGUAUUUUUCACAAUUAGCAGUGCACUAAUGUUUUAGCUUGUUUAUUAUGGGGAAAAAUUGUUAAAUCAGAUUAUGUCUUCUUUUUUCUGAUUGUAUUCAGUAUUCAGUUUUGCAGAAGGAACAUCAAUCCAAAAGUCCCCAACAGUUAUAUCGAAAAUAAAAUUUAGUUUUUUUUAUAAGAGGAGGAGCAGGUGACGUGAUGUAAUUCUGUAUAUUGUAUGGACUAAAUGUGAUUGUAUACAUUUCUACUGUGUUCUCAUCCUUGACAGCUGUUUAUGAAUUAUAAACUGUGCUUCCUGCCAUAAUAUUUACUGGCAAUGUAUCUCUGUGUGACCCAAUCCCUGGCACACACUAGUACUGUGAUCUAUUUUGCUAACCCUCCAUAGAGCACGCCAUAAUGGCUGGUGAUAUAUUUUUAUUUUCUAAGUGUAUAUGCCAUCACGGUUAGAGUUUUCCUUACCCCAUUUAGAUUUAACCAGUGUUGGUUUGAAUUUGUAAAGGUUAACAUCUUGUGUUUUGAAACCAAAUCUCGGAUGCCAGUCUUUGCAAGCAUUCACUACAUUAUGAUACAUAGUUAAAAAAGUAGCAUUUACUUUAAGGCUUUGGUUUUCUAUCAGCAGUGCAGCUGCAUUUCAUAAGCAUUUGCAUUUACAGAAUAUGAUUGAAAAAUCUAGUUUAUUGCCUUAUGAAAUACUCUGCUGAUUAAAUAAUGAUUUUUUUUUUUUAGGUCUCGUCGCUGUUUCUGGGAUGGUUUUUACGCCCUUAUUUGUUUUCGAAGGUGUGCACAAGUGUGAGUUGGUGGUGUCCAUGUGUUGCACCUAUGGAACCUUUGCCUGUGUAGUCCAAUGAAUUUGUGUUAGAUUUUAGUGAAGAAAUGUUCUUAGUGAUUAAGCUUGAAAAGCAGAUUUUUUAAUGUUAAGAGAGUGCAUCAUGUGUGGUUUUCCCAACAUGGAUUGAAACACUUUUACAGCCCAGCUGUGUGAUAAGAACAGAAAGAACUAGUCAAAAAUAAUAAAAAUGCUUUUGGUGAUAAUAAGAACAAAUUUUGAUGACAAAAUACUGUUUAUAUUGUGCCAAAAGCAACUUUUCUGACUUUUUUAAGCUGUAAGGCAUAAUUAUAAAUUGAUGCAUGCAUCAGCAAAUUGAAGACAUUUAACAUUCUUAUGUAAUUAGGCUUUAAAUUGGACACUUUGUGAAGUCAUCAGUCUUUAUUUGAAUAAUGUUUUGGGCACAUCUACAAUUGUAUAAGAAGCAUUUAUUAUUUAUGACAGCACAGUCAUUAAAUUUUAAGCACUAGAAAGCAUGGCUGCUUUAACUUAUAUGCGAAGCAGUUUUUUUAAUCCGUAAGUGCAGACUUACACUUCCAGCCUGUGGAAGUUUUUUGUUGAUUUAGAUUUUUUUGCAGGUGGGGGAGAGUUAGCAAAAAACAAAACAAACUGGAGAUGCAAAUCUGUGUAUAUAUGUGCACAAGUGUCUGCCCUUGCAUGAAAUUACACCAUAACGUGGAAAUUAAAUGUGACAUAUGCAGCUCA